AUGCCAUGUGAUGGAAAAAAUCCAAAUUGUGAAAAAAGAAGGGAAUUACUAACACAAUUAAAAUGUUUAAUUAGUUCUAUGGAAAAGAAGAAACCAUGUGAAUGGGAUGAACCACCUAGUUCCCCUGCUGUUAUUUGUUCUUCACCUUGUGCUUCCAGUUCUCCUUAUUGCCGUAAUGCGUUAUUGAAACUGACUGACCUUGGAGACAUAGAAGUUGCUUUAAGAAAAUUUUAUUGUGCUGAUGAAGCAAGAGAAGUUGCACUUGCUGCAUAUUGUAGAUUAGCAUCCUAA